GAAACAUGAAACUCAAAUAUGUGCUCGGGCAAGUUUUCAGGUCUCGUAAUAAAUGAGUAUUCUCCUUCUCACAACGUAGAAACCAGGCAGAGACAACCCGUGGGAUUCUGUCUCAGGUCAACUGCUCCGUAUAGCAUUCCUUUUUACGGUCAUAGGAAACAGCACAUGUUCUCAUUAAAUGGUCACUAGUUUACCUGAUACUAUCAACACGGAACAUGGACAAGUUAAAUAAGAUCACUGAGCCAGCUGGUCAGAAGCUAAGGCAGCUUCAAAAGAUGGUACAUGAUAUCAAGAAAAAUGAAACUGGAAUAAUGAGCAAAUUCAAAAAGUUCCAAAAUGAACAAGUGGCCUUAAUUUGCAAAACUGGGAAAAAUACUUGGGAUCGGCUAAAAAAUAAACCCCCACCAAGUGUACCACAAAGGGAUUAUGCUUCAGAACAUGCAGAGGAUGAAGAUGAACAAUGGUCUGAUGAUUUUGACAGCGAUUAUGAAAAUCCAGAUGCCCACUCUGAUUCAGAGAUGUAUGUGGUUCCGAGUGAAGAGAACUGUGAUGACAGUUAUGAGCCCCCUCCAACUGAGCAAGAGAAAAAGAAGAUUCCCUCGUCAUUUUCAUUUUCAAGGGGAGAAUACGCAGACAAUCGCACAACCCACCAGGAGCCACUGCCAAGCAGGCCAAGUCAGUCUUUAAUUAAACCCAAGAAACCAUCUAAACCAUCUCUGCCAUCAUCGUCUGUCGCUCCGAAACCAAAAGUGCCACCCAAGACCAAAGAGUUCAAAGAGGAUGAGGAUGAUUAUAUCGUGCCUGUAGAUGAUGAAGAUAACUACAUUGAACCUACGGAAGGCAGUACUUCACAAUCUACAAAACCUCCUGUAAACAGAUCUAUCAAGCCAACAAAGCCAGUUCUUCCUAGCUCUGCCAAGUCCUCUCCUGCUCCUGUGUCUCCUUUCAUGAAAGACGUGUAUGAGGUUCCCGAAGAAGAGGAAAAACCGUCACCACCAACAAGCAGGAUCACUAAACCUCUUCCACCCAAGCCUGUUCAGAGUACAGGAGGACAUUCCCACAUGCUCAGCUCAGCCAAAGAAUCCUCUAAACCAGACACUUCUAGAAAUAUUCUUCCUCUUCCCAGAAACCAUGCUCCGCAAAAAGCAGAGCACGAUAGAAUUGAAGAACAUAAUGAUGAAAAUCACAGCAACAGUGGAGCUCAGGAAUCCAAAUUUCCCUCUAUUGCAACUCCAUCACCAUUACCAAGGGCAAUAAAGAAGACACCUAAUCCAGUAAAACCAGCAAAACCAAGUUUACCACACAAAGAGAAUUUAAGUGUUACUGAAGAGAAACCUACAGCCGCUGAACGGCGACGAGGUCCCAACCAAGAGCUCCCACUUCCACCCCUACCAACGACAGCCCAAAAGCCAUUACCUCAAAAGCCACCAGCCCUACCAAAACCGCUAGACACUGCAAACCGCACAAUGGGCACUCUUCCACGCAGCAGCAUUUCAGCUAGUUUGGAUACUACAGACCAGGAUGCUGGUGUUCAUGAUAAAGCAUGGUAUGCAGCUUAUUGUGAUCGAAAAACUGCAGAAGAUGCAUUAUACAAAUCAAAUAAGGAUGGAUCUUUUCUGAUAAGGAAGAGUUCUGGUCAAGAUUCAAAGCAGCCGUACACACUGGUUGUGUUUUACAACAAAAAAGUGUAUAAUAUCCCUGUACGAUUUAUUGAAUCAACUAAACGAUAUGCACUGGGCAGAGAAAAAACUGGCGAGGAGCGCUUCACAAGUGUUGCUGAAAUAAUAGAGAAUCAUCAGCAUACACCCCUUGUUUUAAUCGACAGCCAAAACAACACAAAAGAUUCCACCAAACUGAAACAUAUUGUUAGAGUUUCAUAAUUACACUGAACUGUAA